AUGAUAUUCGAUACUGGAUCAGCUUUAAUUUUUGUUAAUUCUGUUAAAUGUUAAGAUAUCGGCUGUAAAAGAGGAAAUUAAUAUGAUUUUAAAAAAUCAAAAACUUAUAAGCCUACAGAAUAUGAAUAUGAAGUCUAAUAUGGAAGCGGAAAUUUAAUAGGUGAUUAUUCAAAAGAUAGUUUUUUUGUUGAAAAAUAAGAAAUAAAAAACGUAGAUUUCGUUGAAAUUACAAAAGAAGAAGGAUACAUAUUCUAAGAUGGUGAUUUUGAUGGAAUUGUUGGCCUUUCAUUUCCGGAAUUAGGUGAAGGAACAUUAACAUUAAGUGAUAGAAUGAAAUAAUAAAAAGUAAUAUAAAAAAACUAGUUUUCUUUUUAUAUGAACAGAAAUGAAAAUUAAAAUGUUUCUUUUAUUUAAUUUGGAGAAGCUGAUUAUAAAGACAUUCUAUUAGAUGAUAAAGUAACUUAUCAUAAAGUUGCAAAUCCAAACUAUUGGUCUAUAUUCGUAUAAGAAAUACUUGUUGAUGAAAAUAAUACUAAUAUUUGUUCGGUUAAUAAACCCUGUGCUUUUAUUGUUGAUUCUGGUACUAGUGUUAUCGCUGGACCAACUACUGGUAUUAAUAAACUGAUUGGAUAUAUGGCUAAUGAAGAUUAUUAAUGUAAGAACUUACCUAAAGUUAGUUUUAAAAUUGAUGAUUAAAUUUAUAAUUUGUAUCCUGAAGAUUAUUAAUUUUCUAUUAAUGAUGGGAACAUAUUUAAUUGUGUUGAAAGUUUUGUUUAAAUAGAUGUUGAAGACGAAUAAUGUAUAAAUUUAUAAAUAUAUAUUUUUCAUAAUGUUAAAUUAAAAAAAAAAGUGGGUGAUAUAUGGAUUUUUGGUGAUGUUUUUAUGUAUAAAUAUUUAACUGUGUUUGAUAGAGAAAAUGAAAGAGUUGGAUUUGGAAAAUUAAAAGAAAUAGACUAAAAAUUAUAUUGA